ACUCUUGUUCCUAAUCAGUUUAUCCGAUAUCGUGAAACCAUUGUUUCUGCAGGCGGAACCUUUGAAGCAGGAUUUUCCAAUUUUGGAGAUCCGCAACGCCAAUACUUUGGUAUAUGGUACAAAAACUUAUCACCUAGGACUAUUGUGUGGGUUGCCAAUAGAGACACCCCUGUACAAAACUCAACUGGAUUGCUGAAACUCAAUGAUCAAGGAAAUCUUGUUAUUCUUGAUGACUCGAAAGGCCUUGUGUGGUCCUCCAAUUCAUCGAGAAUCGUGGCGAAACCAGUUGUUGUACAAUUGUUGGAUUCAGGAAACCUUGUUGUGAAAGACGCAAACAGCAGCGGUGAGAAUAAGGAUUUCUUGUGGGAGAGUUUUGAUUAUCCUGGAAACACUUUCCUUGCUGGAAUGAAGCUGAAAAGUAAUUUAAUUACUGGUCCGUAUAGAUAUCUCACAUCUUGGAGAAGUCCUGAAGAUCCUGCUGAAGGUGAGUGUUCAUAUAGGAUAGAUUCACAUGGUUUUCCUCAACUGGUUACUGUCAAGGGGGGAAGGUUUCUGUAUAGAAUAGGGUCAUGGGAUGGAUUUCUCUUCACAGGCGUUUCCUGGCAUUGGCAUAGAUUGCAAAGUCUCUUUAAUUUCUCAGUAGUUUUCACCGACAAAGAAUUCUCUUAUCAAUAUGAAACUAGCAACAGUUCAACUUUUACUAGAUUGGUGCUAGAUUCUUAUGGAAAUACACAACGUCUUACAUGGUCAGAUAGGACCCAAAUUUGGGAGGCUAUAUCUUCUCGUCCUACAGACCAGUGUGAUAAUUAUGCCUUAUGUGGUAUCAACUCUAACUGCAAUAUUAAUGACUUUCCAAUUUGUGAAUGCUUGGAAGGUUUCAUGCCAAAAUUUCAACUAAAGUGGGAGUCAUCAAAUUGGUCUGAUGGGUGUGUAAGGAAAACACAUUUAAACUGUCUCCAUGGAGAUGGAUUUUUGAAGUACAUAAACAUAAAGUUACCUGAUACGUCAUCGUCCUGGUUUGACACGAGCUUGAGCCUUGAGGAAUGCAAGACUGUGUGUUUGAAAAACUGUUCUUGCACUGCAUAUGCAAAUUUGGAUAUCAGAUAUGGUGGUAGUGGCUGCAUACUUUGGUUUGACAACAUUGUGGACAUGAGAAUACAUCCAGACCAAGGACAAGACAUUUACAUACGACUCGCAUCUUCAGAAUUUG